AUGAAUACCUGUUCCGAUGGUAAUGCCAGGUUACAGAGAAUUCAUAAGGAGACUUCACCAAGCACCAAGAAUUCGAAAGAACUAGUGAAAGUUGACAUGGGUCAAGAGGGUUGUGUCAAUAUCCUCGUGAAUGCAAGCUUAGUUCAUCGAAUUCCUCAGAAUCUUCGGCCAGCUGCGAUGGUGGCAUUCGGACGCAUGCUGGAAUAG